ACAAAUGGAAAGGCUUAUGAUGAUGUAAUAAGCAAAAAGUAACUCCUAAGAAAGCAAAAGGAUUUCAGCCACUAACUAUCAUGAUAGUGGGGCUGAAUUAUUACAAGGAAAAUGCAAAAUAAAAAAAGAGAUAGUGAUGCUCUUUUAUUGCUUGGUGCACCACUUUCAUAUGCUUAGUGGAAGAGUUCUUCAUUUUCCACUAUCACAUGCUUGGAUGAUAAUCUUCAACUUUGGUUCUUUUUCUUCAAUUUGGGCCAAGCCUUCAUCAACUUGGACCGGACCUUCUAUUGAUUUGAUCAUGAAGUGAACUAAGGCAUCAUUGACUCUUCUUACACGCGCCCUUAUCAUAGGACCUCCUAAGCUUUGGAUUGCAUCACUCAUGUCUUGGAUUGUGUACUCAUCAAUGAUAGUAUCUAAAUCCAAGACAAAGAAAUCCUCUAUUGUUUCUCACUUCAUUCCGCUUAUUUCAACAACAACAUAACAACCCAAUUCAACUCUCGUCUCACACAGUCACUCAACAUUCCUAUUUCAUUACACCAAUUUCUCUCUUCAAUUAACCGUUUUUCCCCAAUCUUCAUCUCACCGUUUCUUUUCCGUCAUGGUUUCCGUUCAAUCACAAAACAACCGCAAAAAUAACGGAACCGAUAAUGACGACGGCGGUUCCGUCAUCAACGAGUCCUCACCGCCGUAUCAAACAAGAAAAGAUUAUUCUGGUAGCGGUGGCGAUGAGUAUGCAUCAAAUAUAAUCUGUUGUAACGUUGGCAUUUCGAAUUCUUGGGAUUUUGAGAAAAAUGAUGAUAAUGAUGACGACGAUGAUGAUGAUGAUGAUGGUGGUGGUGGUGGUGGUGGUGGAGAGGGUUCGGAUGAUGGUAAUUUGAGUUGGCGUGUUGAGGAAGAAAUCAAAGAACGUGAUUCUAAUGAUACUUUGAUUGAUUCUCUUGAGGACCUUCGGAUUUCACAGGAAGCACUUCAACUAGAAAUCGAAAAGUUCUGGUUUAUUGGGAACGGGUCUUUCUUACCGGAUGGUGAUGACUCAGCCAACUAUAGAAGUGAAGCUACUGAAGCAAGUGUCGUUGAUCUUGGAUUUCAUGGUUCAUGCUCAUCCGUGGGAGGCAAACAAAUUUCGUCAAGUUCCGUGGAACAUCAGGUAGUGAGCCUGACAGAAAAAAUAAAAAACUUGGAAAGCAAGCUAGAAGAAUUGCUGGGUUUGGUUGCCCUUAAGAAUUCCAUGAUUGCUGAACUUGAAACAGCCUUUACUGGUGGCGAGUUUACCAAGGAAGAAUCUACUUCUAACAUAGGUUUCUUAGAUGAAAAAUUUAAAGAGUUGAAGUCUGAGCUUGAGAGCUUUUUUCGGCAAAAGAUUGAAACCGAGAUCAAAUACCUAAUCAUCAAACAAAUGAUGCAGAACUUGAAGGUUGCAUCAGCUUUAGCAGAAAAACAAAAAGCAAUAUCUGGCAGUGAAGUUCAAAUUCCGAAGCUCGAAGAGGCAGGUAAUGAGGAUCCGAUAAUGAAGAACAUAACAGAUGAAGAAUCCGUCCUUGAGGUAACGAGGAUCCGACAAUUAAAAAGGCUGGCAUUUGGCAUUUUAAUAAUCCUCUUGUGUUUUAUUGUGUGGGAGUUAAUGCCCAAUUCUGAAGAGGUUUUUGUUGUGCCCACAUAAAUCUGCAAAAUUGUGCUCCCUUUGUACAUUCUCAAUUCCCAGAUGUUUCUUUGCUUGUAGUGGAUGUAAAAUUUCAUUGUCAUCGCACAAUGACCUUUCUUUUUCUUUGUUGGGAGAGAGUGUCCACGUGCCAUACUGUUUUCAUACCAUUUUUGUGUACUGUUAUAACUCUCAUUCAUUGUAGUUUCUAUUGUUUGGUACAAAUUACACACAUAGUAUUCAUUGUAGUUUUGACUCAAUAAAAACAGCUAUAUUGGGAAUUCUUUAAA